UAUCUUUUAAAAGGUCGAAGAGGGAGAAUAAACGCGAGAGCGAGGCAAAGUAAGGAACACGGUUGUUGGUGGGGAGGAGACACUGAUCGUGCAUGCCACCGACCACAGUUUGAAAGCAACCUUCGUCAUGAUCGCGUCAGCCUGCCUCUAGUUGCCCCACCUCUUCGGAAAGCCGAGCCGUCCGCGCGCGUCUUUCUACGCUAUAUAUCUCGCGGUGGACACAUCGACUCGACCAGUUUUCCGUCCCACGUUUUCUCAUCUUUCUCUCAUCCAGCCGAGCAUGCCGUACGAAAAAACCAGCCCGGUGCCUGGUUUUCGCUGAGGAAAAAUUCGCGACGACGAUUUGGAAGAGAAUCGGAUCACCGACCGUUUCCAAGUAUCCGAUCGAAGGAUUCGCGGCUUUUGUUCGAAUCGAGAAGUACGCGACCCGUUGGAUCGGGGAUAUUCGAAUUUCGGGACAAAUGUGAGCGAUUGGAGAGGGAAGAGGAAGAGGGAUCGAGAUCCAGAUGAAAGUGGGGCACGAGCCUAACGGUGUGCCGUGAACGAUGUGAGGAAAGAUCCCCGGGUGGAAGAAUCGAAGGCGAUCGAUCCGGGUGGAACACAAGGCGGCCUUUUGUUCGCCGGUGGAAGAUCGAGGGUGGUGGAUCGCCGAUAACGAUGAGCGGAGGGAGGAGAGUGCGGCCGAACGGGCCGAAGCGUGAUCGUGCGAUGGUAUGGUCGGUGUCUCUGUGCUGUUUAGUAUUUCUGGUUGGCAAGGUGGAGAGUGCACCGCCCGGGAUAUGCGCGAUGGACGGCUGCAACUGCACCGUCAAGGCACACCGUUGGAUUAACGUCAAAUGCGUCUUCUCCAACGACCAGGACGUGGAAUUACUGGAGGGAACGAUUCCGUCGGAGGCGAUGGAAGUCGAGGUCUCUCAUUGCAGGGAGUUGAGGAUCCAGUCGGGCGCUUUCGCGGACGGAGCACCUUUGAAACGCGUCCACGUGUCCGGGAUCUACAGCCUGGUGGCAAAGAGACAGGCGUUCCAGAACUUGAGCGCCCCUAACACGCAUCUCGAGGUGUCCGAGUGCAACAGCGUGAUCCUGGAAAGCCACGCGUUCAGGAACUCGCGGGGGACGCUGAGCGUUUCGAUAUCCAGAUGCAGAAACGUAGGGAUCAAGCCGAACGCCUUCUCCAGGCUGCUCUGGAUCACCGUCAGGGAGGUGCCGACCCUCGAGCUGUCCAGCAAUGCGUUCAAACUCGAAGCUUCUCAACACGGAAGGCAUGGACCAGCGACCAAGAUUAUGUUCCAAAGCGUGAGAAUCACGGAGUUGCCGACAGCGGUGUUCCCAUCGGCGGUUGCAGAGGUCCGCAUGGACGAUAUCUGGACAAAGGUGAUCCGCAAGAACGCUUUCUGCGCCAUGACGAUCUUCAGCGUGACCAUAAGCAACGCGUCGAUCCUGGAGAUCGAGACUGGGGCGUUCAGCGACAGAGCGUUAAUCCACAGCCUCGAGUUCGUCGACGUCAGAUUGAAGAGUAUAGAGAGAGGAGCCUUCCGGGCUGGCCACGACAACCUCACCGUACAAUAUUCAAGGCUGUCCGAGGUGGAUACCGGCGCUAUCGACAUAUCCGCCGCCACCGUCAGCUUCAACAACAACGAGUUCCUGAAUCUGCACCAAGGCGCGAUCGUCCUCCACCAGUGGAACCACAUAGCCAUCGAUUACAAUCUGUUCGUCGAGUUGGAGACGGACGCGAUCACGGCAGAGGUGGACGCGACCUCGGCGCCCAACUUCGAGUUCUCCUUCACGGGGAAUCACGUGGAGAAGGCGAGGGCUGGCUCGUUGAGAUUCGCGGCGAUCUCUCAACGGGUGAACACGGCCAGGGUAGGUAACAAUUACUUCAAGGAGCAGUGCAGGUGCGGCCUAGACGAUUGGAUACGGGAUGUGACGGGGAAGAACAGCUCCGUUUCGUGGAUGAUGGACUCGAGUUUCUGCGUGGUCGAUCAACUUCUCGACAAGUGUUUCAAUCUACCCCAGGGCUACAUGUCGAUGAGAAACUUCACGAGGAUCAUUUGCGCGCCCGGGGAUCACAUCGUUUGCGAGAAACCGUCCGCGAAACCCGAGCCAACCGUCAGCCCGCCGAGCGUCGGCCCCCACGUCUAUCCCAGGCACAAGGGUUACUUCGACGUUGAGAUGAGCGAUUCCGAGCAAUUGCAACGCGAGAAGAGGAUCAUCGUUGUGAUAUGCGUGGUGGCGGUGUUCGUCGUCCUGGUUGUCAUCCUCGCAUCCGGAAUAUUGUACAUGCGUCGAAGCGGCGUCUGCCCCAAGUUGACGUCCGGCCCCUUCGCCAAUCUCGCCGGCUGGUUGUCGGCCAGCGGCGGAAUCACGGCAGCCACCUCGGCCAGGUCGAUAUCCAGGUUGAGCGUGCACGAGUACGCCGGCCUUCAACCGGAGACGCGGAUUCUCGACGUGGAGACGUCCCACGCGGAGGAGGGAACGGAGGAGGAGGAGGAGGAGGAGGAGGGGGAGGAGGGCGGGGGAGGGGCGGGGGCUGCCGAAGGGUUGUACCCUUACACCGAGAACAAGGCGACGCAAACGUUGCCCGAGGAGUUGACGGAGGAGUACCUGAGGGACCUGAGGGAGAGGUUGAACGAUCCCGACAAUUACAACCAGGCGAGGGACAUGAUAGAGCAUCUGUACGAUCUGAUCAAGGUGGAGGAGAGUUGCAACAACAACAACAACAACGACGACGACGACGAGGACGAGGACGAGCAAGCGCCUGGCAGAGGGGAGGAGAACGCGUACGACGUGAUCGAGCCGAGGCGGAGGAGGUCGAGGGGAGGGGCGAAGCCGUCCGUCGUCAGCGUGGGCACGAAAGCUCCCUCGUUGGAGAAGCUGUUGCCGAGCGGGAUACAGGCCAGGCCCCCUCUCACCGAGUACACCGAGCCCCGGGACCGAAGGGCCGCCGAGCAGAAUCACCUGUACGCCGAGCUGCCCGGCGACGAAACCGUUCCGAGCACCAGUCGACUCUCUCGACCGAUCCUCGCGACCUUGGCCGGGAGAGCGCCUCAACCGUUGCCGCCUGACGUCGUCAACGAUCAUCUUCUCGUCAACGAUCAUCGUCGCGCGAUGAUGAUCAAGGCCGAGAAUCGCGAAAGGCCAGCGGACAGUCCAAAGUUCGAGCCCCCUUCGAAAAUUCAGGCCAGACCUAUGAGCUUCCUCAAGGCUCUCGGCGAGAGCAUCCUCCAAGUCGGGUCCAAGUCGACCACGAGCUGCAACGAUACUACUACUACUACUACUACUACUACUACCGCCAACAAUAACAACAACAACAACAACAACAACAAAAGGCCCAACUCGUUGCUCUGCGAAUACGCCGAACCGUCCGACGCCACUGCCCACUUGUACUCCGAACUACCCGAGCCGCAAACCUCCGCUCCAACGGGCAAGAUGGCGAACAGGCCAUUACCCACCAAACCCGACCAAGAUUCCGUGAACGUGGCGAGGGCAUAACGAACGCCCUUCGUCGAUUGUCUGUGAUAAUAUAAAGUAGAGCUGCGAGAGACUAUUGUUCCCGUAAAUCGCGCUCUUUCUCUCUUUCUCUUUUUUCUUUUCCUAAUGAUUCGUUCGUCGAGCAACGAUGAAUUCGCGAUGUCCGGGCGUUCUUUCGAGUUUCUUCGACGAGUUUCGUCGGGAAGAAACAGUGCCAGAUACGAUCGACGAUCGAUCGAGUAAUUUUUUAAUUCGGUAUUAGUUUAAUAUGCUUUUGUAAAAAAAAAAAAAAAAAAAAAA